AUGAUGCUCAAUGAGUCUCAGAGUGAGCAGAUCCUACUGGGCUACUUUUACACGCGACAGCGAAAAAUAAAAGAUUUACCGGCUCACGCUCGAGUCACUCGGUACAUAGUACUAGUGGCCUGCAAACUUGACAGUUCGUGCAACUGGACCCAAUCGAAAUCCGAUGUUUUGGUUGAAUAUGACUUAUGGUUAACAAAUGGACGACCAGGUUCUCCGGCCGCUAAUCCAUUGACUUGGCAAUUUUCUUUCGAUGAGCAGAAUACGCUAGAAAUUUACAUGAUUACAUUAUUCAUAUACCUUGUGCUUUCUGGAAUAAUGGCACGUGGGUUACAAUUGACCAAACGAAGCACUCCUCCUGCGAGAUUGAGAUUCCUCAAUUUAGUUAUCACUAUGAAAACUGCCGGUGUUGCAUUACAAUCAUUGAAUGUCUUUGUGUUCGCUUUUGAUGGACAGGGCUUAUUUCUUGCCAGAGUGAUUGGAGAGAUUUUGAGAAUUGUUAGCAUUGAGUUGUUAUGGUUGUUGUUAUUGCUAUUGUCACGAGGUUGGGGACUGUAUCCAUGGGGUGCGGAGCCGUCACGCACUUGUAUUAUUUCAUGGGCUAUUCUGGCUGGAGCGAAUAUUAUUCUGUUCCUUUGCAAUUUUAUGUUUGUUUAUGACAUUUUACAUGAUGUGAACGUGUUCACUUCAUGGCCAGGAUUUGGCCAGUUGGUUAUUAGAAUAUUCUUAACGUUGUGGUUUCUUGUAGAGAUCAGACGUCUCAUAAUAAGGUUAUCUCUUUGUGUUUUUACUUUUUUAUCAGCAACAUUUGUCGCUCAUAUUGGAGCCGGUUUCCUUGUUUGGUUCAUUUAUCUGCCAGGCCUUGGUGUUGUUGCGUCAUUUAUAUCACAACUUUGGCGAUUCAAAAUUAUUCUUGGAAUUACAACAUUUGCUAACUAUAUUGCUAUUGCUUGUUUGGUGCACCUUUUCUGGCCAACCAGUUCGUAUAGGAAGUUUUUCCAUGAUGAGCUCAACCAACAUCGGCGGAUGGAUAGAGCCGAGUCACAUGAUAUGCAUGACCUGGAAAUGCUUUUAUUCCAAUCAGAUAAUUCUGAUUCUGAUUCUCCUGAAGUUAACGACAACAAUACACUGCGUUCAAUUUGA